ACCACCCAUGGCGGACACGGGCUUCAGCGCCUGCGCCGCGGAGAACUGCAACGCUUCGUAUGAUGAGCUCCUGACGAACAUCAGCCCCUACGCCUGGGCCUACGCUGGAAUAGCGUUAGGCCUCGGCCUGAGCGUCGUCGGCGCGGCCUGGGGUAUUUGGUUGACGGGCUCGAGUUUAGUGGGCGCGGCGGUCAAGGCGCCGCGCAUCCGCUCGAAGAACCUCAUCAGCGUCAUCUUCUGCGAGGCCACCGCGAUUUACGGCGUCAUCCUCGCCAUCCUGCUCCUCUCCAAAAUCGGCGACGGCUCCGAGGGCUCUUCCGGGAGUCUCCCGGAGGACUGGAACUACAACCAGUGGUAUUUUGCCGGUUAUUCAUUGUUCGCGAGCGGGCUGGGCGUCGGGCUCACGAACGUCGCGUCCGGUGUGAGCGUCGGCAUCGCGGGCUCGGCCUGCGCGCUCGCCGACGCGCAAGAUGGAUCUCUUUUCGUCAAGAUCCUGAUCGUGGAGAUCUUCGCGUCAGCGCUGGGCAUCUUCGGGAUCAUCGUGGGGAUCAUUCAGAGCAACGAUGCUGAAUUCCCGUCGACGUAG